AUGUCUUCCGCCGAUACCUACGCCAUGAAUAUUCCCACCUCGAACUCCCCUCCCACAGACAUCUCGUCGUACUCCCGCUUCAUGCACGAGCACACCAAGCGACAGAUGGAGGCUCAGGGCGCCCACCCCUCUGAGCGUCGCCAGUCUACCUCGACGACGUCUCAGCAGCACGGCGCUGCCAGUGGGCGCAGUUCCAUGACGAAUGGAACUAGUCCAACCGAGUAA